GCUCAAAAGAGUGACAACACAUACAUUAUAACGUAUGCAUCAUUUCUCUCUCGAUCAUAUCGAAAACCCUAGCUUAAAAUCAUCAAAUUAGGGUUCCAAAUCGGUGUAAAUGUGAUUUUUUUGUUGAAUGAUACAUUGAAUCGGUGUAAAAUUUGAGUGAUUUUUUAUUUUGAUUUGUGUUUCUGUAUCAAUGGCGGAGCGAAUGAGGAGAUUUGGAGUAGGUUACGCUUUGGCACCGAAGAAACAAGCGAGUUUCAUACAGGUAUCGCUUGUUAACCUAGCGAAGGAACGAGGAAUCGAUCUCGUUAAGAUCGAUAUGGAUAAGCCUUUGAUUGAACAAGGACCGUUCGAUUGUGUUCUUCAUAAGCUGUAUGGUGAUGAUUGGAAGCGGCAAUUGGAGGAGUAUGCUUUGAAAUAUCCUCAUGUGUUGAUUAUUGAUUCGCUUGAGGCGAUUGAGCGGUUGCAUAAUCGGAUUUCGAUGCUUCAGGUGGCGACUGAGCUGGAAAUCAAGUGUGAAACGACCUCGUUUGGGAUUCCUAAACAGACUGUUGUGUAUGAUGCGAAAAUAGUGUCGGCGAGUUAUUUGGAGAGUGAGGGAUUGAAGUUUCCUGUGAUUGCGAAACCGUUGGUGGCUGAUGGAAGUGCGAAAUCGCAUAAGAUGUUGUUGGUGUUUAAUAAGGAUGGGUUGAGUAAACUGAAACCGCCUAUAGUUUUGCAGGAGUUUGUGAAUCAUGGGGCUGUGAUUUUUAAGGUUUAUGUGGUUGGUGAUUAUGUGAAGUGUGUGAAGAGGAAGUCGUUACCUGAUGUGAUGGAGGAGAAUUUAGGGAAAUUAGAGAGUUAUUUAUCGUUUUCGCAGGUUUCAAAUUUGAACACUUGUGAAAAAAAUGAUGAUAAAUACUAUAAGCUGAUGAAUUUGGAUGAUGCUGAAUUGCCCCCAUUGAGUUUUCUGAAGGAGAUAGCAAGAGGGCUCAGACGAGCUACGAAACUGUAUCUCUUUAAUUUUGAUUUGAUUAGGGAUAAUAGGGUUGGAAAUAAAUACCUUGUUAUUGACAUUAACUAUUUCCCUGGGUAUGCAAAGAUGCCGAAUUAUGAGAGUGUGAUGACAGACUUUUUCUGGGAUGUGCUGAAUAAGAAUGAUAAGGGUUUUGAGAAUUUACAGAAGGGCAGUUGUGAAAAGGAGGUGAGGUUGUUAGUUGGGAAUAAAGGGUAUGGUGAGGAUGAAGGGACAUUACCAGUUUCACCUCUUAAGAGGGAAGAAAAGGAGAAUACUAUUCAGGUCUAAGAAGGGACAUUUGCGUGGCUUGCGCGGGUGGCCAAGGGUCAGUCAGACGAUUUGGUCAAGAUGCUGUUUUGCAGGUGUUACUGGUAAAGCUGCAGGGAUUUCUUCUAGGUAGGGAGUUAGUAUAGAAGGGAAUAAGUAGGUUCCUGAGAUGGCCUUCUGAAGGCAGUAGAUGCUGUUCUUUGUUGAAACAUGUACAUUCUAUCUUUGCAGUCGAGAUAGGUACUU